AUGAGCUGGUGGUGGGCUGGUGAUCUUAGCGCUUCCUGGAAGAAACCGGGAGUUCAUGGGGGACAAGGAAGCUGCCAGAGCGUGGCCUUGAUAGUUGGGGUAACAGGAAUUGUGGGCAACAGCUUGGCCGAAAUCCUUCCACGCUCCGAUACACCAGGCGGUCCGUGGAAAGUUUACGGCGUGGCCCGUCGUCCUCGGCCAAACUGGCAUGAGAACUGCCCAGUUGAGUACAUCCAGUGCGACAUCACUGACUUGGCCCAAACAAAAUCAAAGCUUUCUCAGCUCACUGAUGUCACUCACAUUUUUUAUGUCACCUGGGCCAGCCGUUCCAACGAAGCAGAGAACUGCAAGAUCAACGGCCUUAUGUUCCGGAACGUUCUUCAGGCUGUCGUCCCCGCCGCCACUAAUCUCCGCCAUGUCUGCCUUCAAACCGGAAACAAGAAUUAUAUCGGCCCUUUUGAGUCAUUUUACAACAUCGAAUCGCAUGAUCCUCCUUUCACAGAGGAUCUGCCCAGAUUAAAGGUAGACAAUUUCUACUACACUUUGGAAGAUGUUAUGUUCGAGGAAGCGGCAAAGAAAGAGGGAGUGACGUGGUCUGUUCACCGUCCUGACAUCAUAUUUGGCUUCUCGCCCUAUAGCUUGAUGAAUAUAAUUGUAACUCUCUCUGUCUACGCCGCCAUAUGCAAGCACGAGGGAGCUCCGCUGAUGUUUCCAGGGACUAAAGAGGCGUGGAAUUGUUACGCCAUCGCAUCCGAUGCCGAUCUGGUGGCGGAGCAGCAAAUUUGGGCAUGUGUGGAGCCUAAUGCUGAAAACCAAGCAUUCAAUAUCCACAACGCAGAUUUCUUCAAGUGGAAGCAUCUUUGGAAAGUUUUGGCAGAACAGUUCGGGAUAGAAAAGUAUGGUUUCGAGGAAGGGGAAAAAGAGUGA